AUAAGCAUCAAGUCUGUAUUCUCGCAACUCGCAAGAGAGAUUUGAGCAGAAGAGCAAACGCAGAACAAUGGCAGACGAGGAAUACGAGAUGGACGGAGGGUACGAGGAUGAGCCCAUGGAUCCCGAGCCUGAUGAAGGGGCGGAGUUCGAAGAAGAAAACAACAACGAGGAUGUGCCGGAUCCUAUUGUAGGUGAAGGUGAAGAGAAAGAGGACCAAGAGCCGGUAGAACGCCCACGAAAAACUUCUAAGUACAUGACUAAGUAUGAGCGGGCCAGGAUUCUGGGCACGAGGGCUUUACAGAUUAGCAUGAAUGCGCCCGUGAUGGUGGAGUUGGAGGGUGAAACAGACCCAUUGGAGAUUGCAAUGAAGGAACUGCGAGAGCGAAAAAUACCCUUCACCAUUCGUCGUUAUCUCCCUGAUGGAAGCUAUGAAGACUGGGGAGUGGAUGAAUUGAUCGUGGAGGACUCGUGGAAGAGGCAAGUUGGGGGCGACUGAGCUGGCAUCCAUUCUCCUGAUCAUCCUUGUCUUAUUUUGAACAGAAGUAAUAUGAUUCACCUAAGAUAUGAAUUGGAAUCCUAUCGAAUGUCUUUGUAAUCUCAUUUAAGAUGAAUUGUACACUGCAUUUUGUGAUUUUGUAUAUACUUAAUUGUCGAGUUUUUAUUACUGAUUAAUCUCUCUCAGAUGCAAUUUGCUUGCUGUUCAUCGAUUCCUUGGGAGUAUGUAUUGCCGUUCUCGUAAUUAGGAACUUAUUAAACUCAGAGACAGUGUGUUGCUCUCUUUUUUUUUUUAAUUGUUAUGAUCUUCUUUAUUUUUCUUGCAAGACUAGAAAAUUGAAAUAAGCACGUGUAAAUUGUUUUUGUUUAAGAUAGAUAUGAACUGUACAUGUCUCGUCCCUUCA